UUCCACCGAGCCGAGUCCCGAGCACCUUUCUAAAUUCUGCUCGGUUUGGGGGGCGCCUCGGUGCUUAGCUAAGCACGGCGUACAAGUCCCCGGCGGCCGGCGGCCACUGGGCAGGGCGCCUGCCGACCGGUUUGCCCUGGAUUUGUGUGAGUCGCUUGUUGGAAAUGCUGGCGGCCGCCGGGAGCAUCGACGCUCCACGUGUUGUUGGGUCGAGUAUUCGCCGCUGAAAAAGUAGCUCGACUGAAUGAUCAGAUGACCCCGCCGCACACGUGCCUGCGCCCGCUGUGCGCGUGCAAGGGGCCGCCGUCGGCCGCGGCGGCGAGGCUCGCGGCCACCUUGGCGGUGGCGGGGCUGGCGGCCCGGCCGGCGCUCGACCUGCUCGAGUCGGGCGGCGCUGCGGGCGCGGCGGCGGGCGACUCGGGCCGCGGGCCGUGCGGCGCGCUCUGCCGGCUCUGCCCCGGGGCGGCGGCCCUGACGCGCACAACCUUGAUAGUCGUCGCGGCGGUGACACUGCUCGCGCUCGUCGCCCUGACCGUCCGCCUGGCCACCGCCCCUCCGUCGUCGCCGCCGCCGCCCGCCGCCACGCCCGUCCCCGCGAAGCAGCAGGUCGUCGCCCCCGUCGCCCCCGCCUUCGCCGCCACCGCCGCCGCCACCGCUCGCAACGGGAGCUCAUCCGCCCCGCCCGACCAGAUCGCCGCCAUGGAGUCCGCGGCCCGCGUGGCAGACGCGAACGACGGGGACAGUCUGGAGAUCGACGCAGGCCCACCGCCAAUGGACGUGGAUGGGAGCAGCCACGCGAAUCCUGCCGGUGACCACCUGAGCGAGUCGUACCCCGAAGCAGGGAGGGUCGUUGUCGACGGCGUCCUGGACGUGAGCAGUGCGUCAGACGCCACCGUGCCGUUGAAUCAGCUCCUCGGUGACGCCGUCCACGCCGAGACGCCGACCCAUAUCCUGGCGGCUCCCGAUACGUCCGCCGUCCACACCCGGUCCGCGGAGCACCAGCAGCCCCUCAACGACGACGGCGGCCUCCUCCACGAGGAGUCCGCAGGGAAGGGCGACGCUGCUCACGCCCGCCAUCGCAGGCCGACGACGGUGCAGCCUCGGAGGAACAACUUCCGGCCGAGGUACGACCACGGCGCGGUCGCGCCCGCCUGGAAGCAGUUCGUGGGCUGCGCGCUGCACCUGCGCCCCGCCGCCCCCGCGCCCGCCGCGCCCCACAAGAGGCACGUGAUGCUGCGCGCGCCGCUGCCGCCCCUGCACGUCAUGGCCCCCGCCGCGUGGCCCGCCCCGCCCCCGCAGCAGCAGCGCUUCCCCGCGCCUCUCCCGGCAGCCCUCUGGGGGCUCCGCCUCGUGCCUCAGCAGCAACAGCAGCACCCCGUCUGGGGGUCGCCGGCGGCCUCGGGCCCCGCCGCCCCCGCCCCCGCGCCCUGGGGGCAGCACGUGCAGCUCUACGCGCCCGCCCCCGGCCUGCCCUGCCAGCUAUGCCCGCCGCCCGUCCUGCACGUCCCCGGCGCGCCCACCCCCGCCCCUCCGGGGCCCACCUGGACCUGCUGAGCUUCGAAGCGACCUGAUGACUAACUUAUUCCUUUCUAAUCUUGUUUUUUUGAUUAUUAUUUUUUUUACCUCGUAGCAGCUGAUUGUUGAUUUUGGUACAAAGCUGACAAAGCACUUGUGUUGUCAAUAUACAUUUAAUAAAAUUUUUACGGAACUUAA